CAGAGCCGUGCAGGAAGAGGGCCUGAGGGAGUCUGAGAACCGGGCAGGGAGCCUGCCGUGGAGACACCAGGGAGGUGCCAGUGUGGAAAGCCAAAGGUGGCGUUAUCUGGGGAGGAGAGAGGCCACUCCAGGGAAGCCCAGCGCCAGCCCACUGGCCCGACUCCGGCAGGUCAGCUGGCUCCUGGAGAGGGCUCAAUGAAGGGUGAUGAGCUCAAGGCACAAGGCCCUCUCCCUCCCCAGCCCCUCCAAGGGCCCCUGAAGGGGGACAAGUGUGAGCAGCCAGGGCUGGGACCUGAGCCCACCGCCCCCCAGCAGCACACGGAGGAGGAGGAGGCCCUGAUAGAGUUCCACCGCUCCUACCGCGAGCUCUUCCAGUUCUUCUGCAACAACACCACCAUCCAUGGCGCCAUCCGCCUCGUGUGCUCCAAGCACAACCGCAUGAAGACGGCUUUCUGGGCCGUGCUCUGGCUCUGCACAUUCGGCAUGAUGUACUGGCAGUUCGCCCUGUUGUUCGGAGAGUACUUCAGCUACCCCGUCAGCCUCAACAUCAACCUCAACUCCGACAAGCUGGUCUUCCCUGCGGUUACUGUCUGCACCCUCAAUCCCUACAGGUACAAGGAAAUUAAAGAGCAGCUGAGGGAGCUGGACCGCAUCACACAGCAGACGCUCUUCGACCUGUACAAUUACAACGCCUCCAGCACCCUCCUGGCCGGGGCUCGCAGCCGGCGCAGCCUCGCAGACACCCUGCCGUACCCGCUGCAGCGCAUCCCGGUGCAGCCCGAGCCCCGCAGAGCGCGCAGCAGCGACCCCUCCAGCGUGCGCGACAACAACCCCCGCGUGGACCGGAGAGACUGGCGGGUCGGCUUCCAGCUGUGUAACCAGAACAAAUCGGACUGCUUCUACCAGACCUCCUCGUCAGGGGUGGACGGAGUGCGCGAGUGGUACCGCUUCCACUACAUCAACAUCCUGGCCCAGGUGGCUGACACCUCACCCUCGCUGGAGGAGGAAGCCCUGGGCAACUUCAUCUUCGCCUGCCGCUUCAACCAGGCCCCGUGCACCCAGGAGAAUUACUCUCACUUCCACCACCCAAUUUAUGGCAACUGCUACACUUUCAACAACAAGAAUGACUCCAGCCUCUGGAUGGCUUCCAUGCCUGGGAUCAACAAUGGUCUGUCCCUGACGCUGCGCACGGAGCAGAAUGACUACAUCCCCCUGCUGUCCACGGUGACGGGGGCCAGGGUAACAGUGCAUGGGCAGGAUGAGCCGGCCUUUAUGGAUGAUGGUGGUUUCAACUUGCGGCCUGGUGUGGAGACCUCCAUCAGCAUGCGGAAGGAAGCCCUGGACAGACUUGGGGGCAGUUAUGGAGACUGCACCCAGGACGGCAGCGACGUCCCUGUCCAGAACCUGUACCCUUCCAAGUACACGCAGCAGGUUUGCAUCCACUCCUGCUUCCAGGAGAACAUGAUUAAACAGUGCGGCUGCGCCUACAUCUUCUACCCGAAGCCCAAGGGCGUCGAGUUCUGCGACUACACGAACCACAGCGCCUGGGGCUACUGCUACUAUAAACUCCAGGGGGCCUUCUCCUCCGACAGCCUGGGCUGCUUCAACAAGUGCCGGAAGCCAUGCAAUGUGACCAUCUACAAGUUAUCUGCUGGUUACUCACGCUGGCCUUCAGCAGCAUCCCAGGACUGGAUCUUCCAGAUGCUGUCCCUCCAGAACAAUUAUACCAUCAGCAACAAAAGAAAUGGAGUAGCCAAACUAAACAUCUACUUCAAGGAGCUGAACUACAGAACCAAUUCUGAGUCUCCCUCAGUCACGAUGGUCACCCUCUUGUCCAACCUGGGCAGUCAGUGGAGCCUGUGGUUUGGCUCCUCUGUGCUGUCUGUGGUGGAGAUGGCGGAGUUCAUGUUUGACCUCCUGGUCAUCACGCUUCUCAUGCUGCUGCGGCGGUUUCGAAGCCGGUACUGGUCUCCAGGACGAGGGGCCAGGGCUGCCAGGGAGGUGGCCUGCACGCCGCCACCCUCCCUCCCUUCGAGAUUCUGUGCCCACUCUGCCUUCCCAACCUUGACAGCCCCUCCGCCUGCCUAUGCUACUCUCAGUGCCUGCCCACCUCUGCAGGGCUUGGCAGGGGCCAGCUCGGCUGCCUGUGCCCCAAGGGAGCCCUGAGAGUUGGCACUGAGGCUCCUGCAGAGACGUCUGGGACCUCCUGAGUGGCCCAUGUGCCUGUGGUGCGUGGGCAAGGUGGCUGUGUGAGGGCAGUGGAGCUGCCCCAAAGCGCCUGGUCCUGCCCCGGGCUCUCCUGUGAGCACAGACAAGUCUCUUUAUGGAUCAGCCGAGCCAGACUUGGAGCCCUGGCAAGGAACUUUCCUAGGAAACGGUGGCAACCAGAACAAAACACAAACAAGGUGCACACAGAGCCAGGUCCCCUCUUCAGCGACCUUGAGCCAGCCUCAAAUUGGCCUGGCCACACUGCUGUACAGGGACACAGACACGUCUGCUCCUGUUCUUGAACUUGGGUGGGGAACCCCGCCCAAAAGCCCCCUUUCUAGUUCUUGGGCAAUUCCCCUUCCCUGACUCCUCAGGGCUGCGGCUGGAAUAGACCUGUUAAGUAAAGAUUUGGCCACUCCCAGUCAUUCCCAGGCUCCUCUGGUCUCAUGUUCCAGGCCCUCACAGAAUCAUAUCCCAGUGCCUCUGCUCUGAGCCCCUCUGCAUGUCUGCUCAAGUGAUUUCUUCAGCCUGGAAGUUUCCCCUACAGUCUUCUGGAGAGCUCCUAUGCAUCCCUCAGAACCCUGCUCAGACACCAUUACUUCUAUGAACCCUGUUUUCUGCAGAAUCAAUCAACCCCUCUUGCCUUACGCCCAUAAUACACUAUGAUGGAGCACUGAUGUAAUGUUACACUUUCUGUUCAUUUUUAUCUGCUCAAGACUUGUUCACUUACAUGUUUUCCAGGUCUAACCUAGCAUCCUGCUUGGAGCAGGUAGGCAGGCGCUCAAUAAAUGUUGGGUAAAGCUGUGUCACA